AUUCAUCAUCUAUAAGAAAUACUGGACUACUUGAUGAUAUAGAAUUAGAAGAUAGUGAUAUUGAAGAAGAAACAAUUUUAAGCUUUAAAAAUACUAAAACAUAUACUCAACCUAAUUCAAAAUAUAUACCAUACUCUAUAUUAUCAAAUACUUUUAAAGAUUCUUUUAACUUAACAAUUCAAUGGGUUUUAUUAUGGAUUUUUUCUUUUCAACAAGCUUUUAUUUUACCAUAUACUGCAGUUACGGCUUUAUUAAUAUUUAUUAAAGCUUCAGUAUUUAAUAAUGAUUCAAAUUUUCCAGAGACAUUAUAUAAAGCUAAAGAUGCUAUGUCAUUUAAAAAAACAAUUAUACAAUUUGUUGUAUGUGAAAAAUGCUAUUUUUUAACUAAUUUAGAAAGUAUAUCUAAUAAUUCACAAGCAAGUUGUAGUGAAUGUAAAACACUAUUAAAAAAACUGAUUAGAACAAUCAAAGGAAAAAUAAUUUACAAACCAAUUAAAGUAUAUCCAUAUCAAUCAAUUUUAAGUCAAUUAGCUACUUUAUUGCAACGACCUGGUUUUAAAGAAUUGUUAGAAUCUUGUUAUGAAAGAGGAAACACUUCAUCUGAUAUUUUUUCUGAUCUCUAUGAUGGACAA